UGUCAAAAUCACUUUAGUUUAUUUGUAAUGUUUUGUCUGUCUGAAACCAUCAAAUUAUCAAUUUAUAAUGACAAUCUUUGCCAUCAAUUGAUUGAAUAUGUAAUGAAUAUCUUAAUAACUCAUCGAAUAUAAUAAAACACAAAUUUUAAUAUUUUAAUAUUUAAUUUUAAAUACUCACUUAAACUCAUUAUAAAUAUAUUAACUUUUAAUAUGGAAAUGAGUUUUAGUCCAAGUGUUACAAUCUGUGAGCCGAGUGCACACAAAAGCGGCUCAAAUGGUGUGCCCAACGGCACAAUCCGCCACCGCAUGAGACGAGUGAACAGUAUAACCGUCGCCAACGCCUAUCGGGAACAGAAGAUUCAAAGGGAUCUCCAACCUGACAGACCGUUACAUUUCUGUCGAGAUUCAUUAUUCAGUUCAUCAAGCAAUUUUCAAAACUACAGGGGAUUUCUGAAUUUAGCUCUAAUUAUGCUGGCAUUAUGUACGGGACGGGUGGCUCUGGAGAAUGUAAUCAAAUAUGGGAUUCUUGUGGAUCCCAUGCAAAUCAUUCGCCUAUUCUUCGGCACAACCAAUAUUUGA